AUGUCACCACCACUCCCUGGUUGGGAUGACCCUGCAUCGAGUGCUGGGGCCCCUCAGACCAGCACCCCCCCAGCCGAGUACAAUGGAGGGCGUCGAGGUAGCAGCUCUGGCGGCAGAGACGAGCGUGGUAGGAGGCGGAGUAGGAACGACUCUCGUGGGAGGAGUCGAGGCUCAGGUCGGGAGAGUCGAAGGCGUUCAAGGUCCAGAGACCGUGGUAGCCGUCGUCACCGCGGGAGGUCUGGGUCGUCGUCGGGGUCUGAGAGUCCUAGAAGCUCAAGAUCACGGUCUAGAUCGAGACGGAGGCAUGCGAGGAAGAGCGGCUGGGAUGAUGAGACGGAGCAGCCCGAAACAAAGCAAAGCAACUUCAGCUCGGCCCCUCCGGACGGCUCAGUCGACCCCCAACAGCUCCUCUUGCAGCAAGCAAUGAUAUCUGGUGGGGCUGGGGCCAAUAAGAAGGCGAAGGAGCUGUAUGUGGGUAACUUAGCACAGGGACAGGCGACGCAGGCCAACAUACGAGCCUUCUUCAACAACGCCUUGUCGGCUCUACCAGAAUACCAACAGAAAUAUGCGGCACUGUUGCCUACUGGUGCAGUGAGGGAAGUGAGGAUGUCAGCUGAGGGGAUGUAUGCCUUUGUGGAGGUCGCGUCGGAGGAAAUCGCCGUUACUUGUCUGGAGCUGGAUAAGGCUGAAUUCCUCGGACGGCCACUGAAGAUCGGCCGACCCACGGGUCUAGUGCUGCCGGGCCCUGCCCCACCCCCGAUGGACGUCAGCGUCCUGCGCAAUCAAGGCUUCCUACCUACAAAGGCAAUGCCGUCGAACCCCUCACAGAGCCGGAAGCAACGGGAGCUCUAUGUUGGCAAUCUCGCGAUCGGUGUGGUGACGGCGCAAGUCCUCCAUGAACUGUUCGAGCCUGCUUGUAAAGUGCUCCCGGACUACGACCCGGCCCUGGGACCACCAGUGUUGCAAGCGGACAUCAGGGGCGAUGGGAGGUUUGCCUUUGUGGAGUUCCAGAACGAUCGAUUAGCAACAGCUGCUUUGAGCAUCUUCAAUGGGAUGGAAGUACUCGGCCGACGCCUGAUCGUGAGUCGACCUCAAGGCUUCGUGGAGGGCGGCGCUGCUGCCCCUGCCGGUCUGCCAGGGUCAACUGGUCAACAAUGGAAUGCGCUGCCGCAACAAGCCGGUAUGGGCGGUUGGGGUAUGACCGCUAGCAACGGGGGGCAAGGCUGGGGUGGGGCCCAGCCGAUGCUACAGCAGCAGGCAUGGGGUGCUGGAGGCUUCUCCGAUAACGCUAAUGUGAUGCCGGUACAGAACCCUCGAAGCUUCGGAGGUCAGAAUGACGGCCAGGACGCGGCAGCACGAGCGGGGGCUGAGGCGGCUCAGGCGCUCUUGGGCGGCGGGAACUAGUGAGAUGGAUGGUGAUGAUGGCGGGCUGGUCUCGAGGCAAGUUUAGAAGGGGUUUGCACAGCCACCA